AAACACAAUUUGUUGCGUUUGCAAUGUUUGAACAGGUCAGCAUUUGAAUCGAACCCGAACCCCCCGAUCUCUAUGAGCCGGGCAUACGUAAUUCGGGCUAUAGAGUUCGGCAUCGAUUCGCCACAUUUCACGAAUUAUUUUGUACGAGUAGCUUGAUCCUCAUUAUGGCGGCGGCAAUUUUCUGUACAUUGUUUCUAGUUUUCACUUAUACCGGAUCGUCGACGCGUUGCGCCGCCGCUCUCGCAGGAAGUUCCAAUAAAUUGUUCGGUUUCGAUUGGCAAUGUGACACUAUUUGUUUAGGAUCAGGUGGCAGAGCACGAUUCGAUGCCGAAAACAAAAUAUGUAAAUGUACCAUGGACAAAAACAUUGACGAUGUUGAUCUUCAAUUGAUGAAAAAGAAUUCCGAAAAUAUGGGCAUGCGGAUAGUCGAAUUCGAAGACAGGGCCAAACGUAAUAUUCAUACCGCAGAUAUUUUGGAUAACAACGAUCGAUUAAGUUUGAAGAAACUGCCAAAAUUCGAAAUCAAAAAAUUCAAACCGUCUACUCGCAACGCUAUGAAAUUCAAAAAACCCUUGUUUAAACCGAAGAAGAAAAUCGAAUUACCAUCAGCUAGGAAAGCAACUGCGUUUAAAGAGGAUUCCGAUCCGAAGAGGAGGUUGAAAGAAAUGCAAGAUAAAUUGAAAGAAAAACUGGACGGUCUGACGUGGAAAUUGCCGAACAUGAAGCAACGAUCCGCGUUCAAGAAGGAAGCUGGUAAAAAACCAGCAUUCGACUUGAAAAAAAUCAUCGAGGAUCGCAAAGAAAAAUGGGGUCUCAAACACGAUGAUACAGUAGCUCAACCCGCUCCGACUAUAGCCAAAGAAGCUCCCGAGGAAAAGAAAUCAAUAAACAAAUCACCUCUUUCAAACCUUCUAACAACCGACCUAAAAUCAAUUAGUAAAUUUAGGGAGAGAUCAGAGAAGAGAAAACAAAAUAGUCCCGUAAUUAAAAAUUUACCUGAGCAGGAAAAUGCAACGCAACCUCCCGGACAGCAGGAAAACAAUGCACACGAUAACGUAAAGGGACAAACGAGAGAGGCAACUAACGCACGCAGGACAAAUAUCAUCCUGAUCCCGGUGGCAGAAUAUGAUGAAUUGAAACUCGAAUGUACCGAGCUUCAUAUCUAUGUUAAUGAAGGCAAUGAACCAAGCCGGGAUUCGAUCAAAUACCUUAUUUUUGCUUGGGUAAUAUUUAAAUGAGGAUGAUACAGAAAUAUGUACGCCUAUAAAUUAAGUAAAUACGGUAAUAAUUAAUUUGGGAAUUAAAAAUAUUUUCAGUUGA